GCUUGUGACGUCGCUACCAUGGCAACAUAAGAGCCCGCACAACCAGGCCCGGCUCCGAGCUCGCGGACGGAUAGGCUUUAAGCUGGGCCCUACGCUUCGAUCAGGACACCGGGACGCUCGGGCCGCGAUGCCCAGUGAAACUCUCUGGGAAAUCGCAAAAGCUGAAGUGGAAAAACGGGGAAGUAAUGGAAGUGAAGGUGAUGGAGUUGAAAUUGGAGAAAAGUCUGUGUUCUUCAUUGGCAGUAAGAAUGGGGGGAAGACAACUAUUAUUCUAAGGUGUCUUGACAGGGAUGAGCCACCGAAACCAACCUUAGCUUUGGAGUACACAUAUGGAAGGAGAGCGAAAGGACAUAACAUACCAAAAGAUAUUGCUCACUUUUGGGAACUAGGUGGAGGGACAUCUUUACUGGACUUAAUCAGCAUACCAAUCACAAGUGACACCUUACGGACAUUUUCUGUCGUUCUUAUUUUGGAUCUUUCAAAACCUAAUGACCUUUGGCCCACCAUGGAGAAUCUGUUGCAAGCCACAAAACGUCAUGUAGAUAAAGUGAUAAUGAAGCUGGGGAAGAAAAAUUCUAAAGCAGCUUCUGAAAUGAGACAGAAGAUAUGGAGUAAUAUGCAGAAGGACCAUCCAGAUCGUGAAUUAAUUGAUCCAUUCCCAAUUCCUCUGGUCAUAAUUGGAAGUAAAUACGAUAUUUUCCAGGACUUUGACUCUGAGAAGAGAAAGGUAAUAUGCAAGACACUUCGUUUUGUUGCACAUUAUUACGGAGCAUCAUUAAUGUUUACCAGUAAAUCGGAAGCUCUAUUACUAAAAAUACGUGGAGUUAUUAACCAGUUGGUAUUUGGCAUUGACAAAAGUAAAUCAAUAUGUGUGGAUCAGAAUAAACCACUGUUUAUCACAGCAGGAUUGGAUUCUUUAAGUCAAAUAGGAUCGCCUCCUGUUCCUGAUAAUGACAUUGGAAAGAUUCAAGCCCAUUCACCAAUGGAGUUGUGGAAAAAAGUAUAUGAAAAGCUCUUUCCACCAAAGAGUAUCAGCACACGAAAAGAUGUCAGGGACCCUGCAAGAGACCCUCAGUACGCUGAAAGUGAAGUUGAUGAAAUGAGAAUCCAGAAGGAUCAGGAACUAGAACAGUACAAAAGAAGUUCUUCCAAGUCUUGGAGGCAAAUUGAGCUUGAUUCCUGAACCUACUUCAACUACAGUGAAUUUAUUUCUUCUUUCCCAGAUAUAAGUAAGAUCAUUUUAUUAAUUAUUAUAAUAAUGAGUGAGGAAAGUUUAGACAUAAACUUUGUUUAAAGGAAAACAAACAUUUGUUUAAAGGAAAAGUGGGAAUUUCUUGUUAGUGCAACUCCCUGGAUACUUUUAAAGUCUCUUAAAAGGGAAAAAUUAUAUGAUUACUUGUAAUAUUUUUUUAAAUAAAAAGAAUCUUGCAUUCCCUACCUCUAACAUGUUUUAAGCAGUGUAUUCUCGGUUCAGCAUUUAUAAGUUUUUGCUUAAGUUUUCAGGACUAUGAAAGCAAGAGCAUUUAGUAACAGCUGUGAGUAUGAAGUUGAGCAUUUAUAUUAGACACAUUGUGUCUGAUGGAACAGUGGAUGGGGGGUCACUUUCAUGGGUGUCAUUUUACUCUAAUUAAUGGAGGUGCACAAGAAGCACCUGAAGUACUUAUUUAAAACACACAUUUCUGAGUCCUCACACUCAGAGAUCCUAAACCAGUGGGUCUGGAAUGGGGCUCAGGAAUCUGCAUUUUUAAUCAGUACCUCUGGUGAUUCUGACUUAAUUUGAAUAUAACUUUUUGAAGAAUGGGCAAAUAUAAGGAGGUAUUCUUUCAAUAAGCAGGCCCAAACUGCAUGAGCUGGUGAUAAGCAAGAUGAUUUCCAAGAUGGAAUAAUCUUUAAGAAGCCCUCUAAUGCCUGUAGAUUUGUGUACCUACAGUUCAGUUUGAAGUAAGCAUAAUUGCUGUCAUUAAACAGGAAAGUAUUUGUUCUGUGCUCUUCCCUUUCCACUAUAGACUAUGUUGACUUUAAUAUGCUAUGCACCCAGCUACAAAUAAGCACACUUAC